GUAGUUGCUCCCAGGGGCGGACUGACCAUUUGGAAACUGCCUGAGGGCCCGGGGUCAGUAGGGGGCCCCAUGAGAUGCCCCUGGUACCUUUUUCAUAGGCUUUUUGGAGUUUGGGCAAGGACACAGGGGCCCCAUGAUCCCCUAUUGCCCGGGGGCCCCAUGAGUUGUCAGUCCACCCCUGGUUGCUCCAGAGCUUAGUAAUUGAGCAGAAGCUCUGGCUCUGGAGCAACUGCACUUGCAGAAUGAAACUGCAU